CGGCGGCGGAGUGCUGCCGGGGCCGGAGCAGCGGAGUGCGCGACCGAGGUGGCAGCCGCUCCCGGAGUGGCGGCAGCUGCGGCGACAGAGGGCGGGUGGAAGGAGACCCUGGCUUCCCCGGGGGCCAGGCUGGGGCAGCCGCGAGGGACCUGGGGGGGCGCUGGCUUUGGCCCCGCCUGGGGCAGGAUGGUGAAUCUGGAGCCCAUGCACACAGAUAUCAAGAUGAGUGGGGAUGUGGCGGAUUCCACGGAUGCCCGCAGCACGUUCAGCCAGGUGGAGUCAGGAAAUGAUCGAAAUAGCCUGGAUUUCAACAGACAGAUUAAGACGGAGGACCUGGGUGACUCUCUACAGCAGACCCUUUCCCACAGGCCAUGCCACCUGAGCCAAGGGCCUCCCAUGAUGCCUGGAAACCAAAUGUCUGGGGACAUGGCUUCCCUCCAUCCACUCCAACAGCUUGUGCUGGUCCCCGGCCACUUGCAGUCUGUAUCCCAGUUCCUGCUUUCCCAGACCCCACCUGCGCAGCAAGGUCUGCAGCCGAAUCUUCUCUCCUUUCCACAGCAACAAAACCCUCUACUUCUCCCACAGACAGGGCCUGGCCUCGCCUCCCAGGCAGUUGGGCGCCCUGGGCUGCCUGGAUCCUCUUUAGAGCCCCAUCUGGAAGCACCUCAGCAUCUGCCAGGGCCCAAGCAUCUGCCUGGCUCUGGAGGUGCUGAUGAGCCCAGUGACCUGGAGGAGCUGGAGAAGUUCGCCAAGACCUUCAAGCAGAGGCGCAUUAAGCUGGGCUUCACACAGGGAGACGUGGGAUUGGCAAUGGGAAAGCUGUAUGGCAAUGACUUCAGCCAGACUACCAUCUCAAGAUUUGAGGCCCUCAAUCUGAGCUUCAAGAACAUGUGUAAACUCAAGCCGCUGUUGGAGAAGUGGCUGAAUGAUGCAGAGUCCUCCCCAUCAGACCCUUCCGCAAGCACGCCCAGCUCCUACCCCACUCUCAGUGAAGUGUUUGGCAGGAAGAGGAAGAAACGGACCAGCAUCGAGACCAACAUCCGCCUGACGCUGGAGAAGCGAUUUCAAGAUAACCCUAAACCCAGCUCAGAAGAGAUUUCCAUGAUUGCGGAGCAGUUGUCCAUGGAGAAGGAGGUGGUAAGGGUCUGGUUCUGCAAUCGACGCCAAAAGGAGAAGCGAAUCAACUGCCCUGUGGCCACCCCCAUCAAGCCACCCAUCUACAACUCCCGGCUGGUCUCUCCCUCAGGGUCUCUGGGCUCCCUCUCCAUCCCUCCAGUCCACAGCACCAUGCCUGGAACAGUAACGUCAUCCUGUUCCCCUGGGAACAACAGCAGGCCUUCGUCUCCUGGCUCAGGACUCCAUGCCAGCAGCCCCACAGCAUCUCAAAAUAACUCCAAAGCACCAAUGAACUCCUCCUCCGGCUUUAACUCCUCAGGAUCAUGGUACCGUUGGAAUCACCCCACCUACCUCCACUGAGACCAAAAACUUCCUCCCACUCCCACUCCACCCGGCCCUUUGUUCCCACUGGAAGGAAGGAAGUCAUGCCUUCCAUGUAUGGACAGACUACUUUGAGAACAGUGGGAUGAAUGGCCACUGCUGAGAGCAACCCCACACUCUUGCCUUCUCUGGGAUCCAGAGCCUCCAGAGAACCAAACUAUGACUGAAGGCCACACUCAUGCCUUGGUCUCUUGAUCAGCCUCCUGGGAAUUGACCAUGCUUGCCUGCCUUGCCUGUGACUCGCUCCUUGCUCUAAUGUUUUUGAUGGCUUCACUAUGGCUUCAUGUAUUGGAGAAAGGGCAUUCCACCAUUGUUAAUCUUCAGCUCUCCUGUGGGCUUCUGGGGACAGCUAUUUGCUCAGUGCGCCAAACUUCAAGAAGGGUAGCUCAUGGUUUUGACUGACCUCAGCCACAGUCCUGUCUCUACCAAAGCCUUAUCCUGUUUAAUUAGCACAAUUUUCCCACAGAAUCUCCAUUUUGCCCCAUUUUCUGAUAACCCUCACUCCCUCUUCUCCAACUGAAUCUGUCCAUUCUUGGGUCCUACAAAGUCCCUUCCUCUCUACAAAUGGCCGAGCUACCCUCUGGUCCUGUUGCUCAUUCCGCAGGUUCUCCUCUGUUGCCCACAUCUCGCCAACUUGAAGAACACACAUCUUUUCUCCGCUCCCUGUGUCUCCUUGCCAUGUUCCCUCUCCUUUCUCCUGGCCAGACAAGCGAGGAAACCGAGAGAGAGAGAGAGAGAGCCACUCCUGAGAUGCUGGCCACAUUCUUGUACAUAGUCCUUUCCUGUUCUCCAUGACCUUUCCUCUUUAAUAUGUAAAUUUCCAGCGAAAUGUUUAACUCAGGUGUGAAUUUUUGAAGAUGUCUCUAUAAUAUUUUAUCUUCUACUAGAAAAGGAGGGGGGAUACCAAAGUGUAUUCUCCAGAGUUCCCACGAGCUGGGGGUUCUGCUGACUUUGGGGGAACAUUAUAUGUGGAGUCUCCUUCUGUGGGUCUGUGUGUAAAGCUGUCACAUGAAGCCAUCCCAGAAACAGUAACUUUUUUUUUAAAGACUGAAUAUCCAAGAAA